GCGCGCGGAGACGACCGCCCGUGGACUGCGACCCGCCCCGCCCGCGUCGCGUCGUCAUGGCAUCCACGGCCGCGAGAGCGGCGAAGCCGCACCUGCACUACAUGUCCGCGUGGUUCUGCCCGUUCGCGCAUCGCGCGACGCUCGCGCUGGAACAUCACGCCGAGCACCUGACGUACAAGUGGUACGAGGCGCUGGGGUGGGAGCAGCGCGCGGCGACGGACGACAUCGGCGUUUCACACGAGAACUGGUACCACUACAAAGCCCCGGAGCUCCUGAAGCACAACCCGCUCGGGAUGGUCCCGACGCUCAUCGAGGACGCGACGUACUCCGGCGUCGUCCCCGCGGGCGAGACGCCGAGACCUCCGGUGCGCGAGUCGCUCGUCGCGAUCGAGUUUAUCGACGAGCUCGUGCGCGGCGGCGACGCGCCCAUCAUGCCGUCGUGCCCGUACGAGCGCGCGGAAUCGCGCGUCGCCGCGGACGUCGUGAAUAAGAGCAUCUGCAGCAGGUACUACCACGUCUUGGUUCGCCAGGACGAGUCGGAGCAGCGAGACGGGUUCGAGAAGAUGGUCGAGGCGAUAUCGAGCUUCGGCGACGGGCUCGCGGGCGGCCCGUUCCACGGCGGACGUGACACCCCAGGGCUCGUGGACUACGCGCUGUUCCCGUGGGCGCACCGCCUCCCCGUGCUGGAGUUCUACCGCGGCCUGGAGUAUACGAUACCGGCGAACACGGACGGCCUGCGCGCGUAUCACGCGUGGUUGCGAACGAUGCGCGAGCGGCCGGCGGUGGCGAAGACGCUCCCGGACUGGGACGAUUACCUCGCGCACAUCGGGCGGUACGCGGACGGGAGCGCGCGGUCGAAGGUGGCGAACGCGGUCAGGGACGGGCGGGACGCGCAUCAGUACGACGACGAGAAGGACGACACGAGUCACUGA